AUGUCGCUGAAGCAAAUCGUCGGCAGCAGUUUGUUUUUUUUUUUGCUAUUAAUCAUUUGGUUCCGGUUUUUGUUAAACGGAACAAAAAAAUCAACUUCAUGUAAAAAGUCUCCCUUUUGUCGACGGAUAAAAAAAUAAAUUUCUUUCUCUGAAAAUUUAGCUUCAUUCGUCACUCAGAAAUUUCAUGGUUUACAAGAAAUGAGAUUCUAAUCGCAAAAAAAUGUUUAUCUGGAAAAAAAAAAGCUUUCAGAGCUUCUAAAUGAAGUGAUCCGGCCGCUGAAGAAAGGCGAAGGUCGCGGUGCAUGGAAUGUUUUGGUCGUGGACACUUUGGCCAUGAAAAUGCUCUCCGCCUGUUGCAAGAUGCACAAUAUCAUGGAAGGUUGGAAAAACUAUUCUUUUUUUUUGUAAUAUCGGUUUUUUCAGAAGGAAUCACGAUCGUCGAAGAUCUCAACAAACGCCGAGAGCCUCUUCCAACCCUAGACGCCAUUUACUUGAUUUCACCGACUCAGGAAUCGGUAAGGCAUUUUUUUUUUUUGAAGUUGUUUUAAGUUUCUCGAAGUUUCUUUUUUUUUUCAAAUUCCGUGUUUUUCACCUUCAAUUUGAUUUUUUUUCUCAUUCACAAAAACUUUAUCAGUUUUUUUUUUCAGAUCGACCGCUUGGUUAACGAUUAUUGCGUUAGAAACCAGUACAAAUGCGCUCAUGUAUUUUUCACUGAGGCUUGUUCCGACCAACUUUUCUCCAUGCUCUCCAAAAGGUCAACUUCUUUACCAUCAAGAAAAUAAAAUUUCGAUUUUAGCGCCGCAGCGCGAUUCAUCAAGAAUUUGAAGGAAAUCAACAUUGCUUUCACUCCAUAUGAAAGCCAAGUAAGCCAAAGCGAAAAAAAAAUUAUUAGAAAAUUUCAUUUGAAGGUCUUCACUCUUGAUUCUCCGGAUACUUUUUUCUUGUACUACAACGCUCAGAAACAAGGUGGUCUCACUGCCAAUUUGGAAAGAAUUGCUGAACAAAUCGCCACAGUUUGCGCGACUCUAGGGGAAUAUCCAUCUCUCAGGUUUGACAAAAAAAGAAAAGUUGAAACAUGAAACAAGAAUAUACAGAUAUCGAGCUGAUUUCGAACGUAAUGUGGAGCUCGGGCAUCUCGUGGAGCAGAAACUUGAUGCUUACAAGGCUGACGAUCCGUCGAUGGGAGAAGGAGCUGACAAAGCUCGCAGCCAGCUGAUCAUUAUUGGUGAGUUACAAAAUUAUCGUCUUCAUUGAGCUUCUGUUCAAUAAUUUAAUAAUUGGCAGAUCGUGGUUUCGACUCUAUCACACCCCUUCUUCACGAACUCACGCUUCAAGCUAUGUGCUAUGACCUUCUUGGAAUCGAAAAUGACGUCUACCGCUAUGAAACUGGAGGAAACGAGAAUGUGGAGAAAGAGGUGAACAUUUUUUCUGCGUGCUUCCAACCCCAGCUGAAAUAUUUCAGGUUUUGCUCGACGAGAAUGACGAAUUGUGGGUUGAAACGCGCCACAAACACAUAGCCCUCGUUUCGCAAGAAGUUUUUUCUGCAACUUGACUUUUCAAAAACGGACGUUUUUCAGGUGACUCGAGGACUGAAAAAAUUCAGCGAAGCAAAAGGUAACAAAGGAACCAUGGACGCCAAGUCAAUCAAGGAUCUUUCUAUGCUCAUCAAGAAGAUGCCUCAGCACAAGAAAGAACUGAACAAGUUCAGGUAUGUAGAGGUAGAUUGAAAAUAAUAUAGCAAUUUUUGCAGUACACACUUGAGUUUGGCCGAGGAAUGCAUGAAGCAAUAUCAAAACGGCAUCGACAAAUUGUGCCGCGUCGAACAAGAUCUCAGCACUGGUGCCGAUAUCGAAGGAGAGCGAGUGAAGGACGCCAUGAAACUGAUGGUCCCUCUUCUGAUCGAUCCAGCUGUCCGUUCGGAUGAUCGCCUUCGUCUCAUCCUUCUUUACAUUUUGAGCAAGAAUGGUUUGUGCAAUUAACUUCGUUUCCAAAUCAGAACUGUUUUAGGUAUCAGCGAAGAAAACUUGAACAAGCUGCUCCAGCACGCCAACAUUUCAAUGGCCGACAAAGAAACGAUCACAAACGCCGCUUAUCUUGGUCUUAACAUUGUCACUGAUGUGAGUAAAUACGAAAAAAUUCUUUUUCAAUCGCUCAAAUUCAGUCUGGCCGUAAGAAGACCUGGACACCUACGCGCAAAGACCGCCCUCAUGAGCAAGUUUAUCACUCUUCUCGCUGGGUACCAGUCAUCAAGGACAUCAUGGAAGAUGCCAUCGAUGACAGACUCGACGCCAAGCAUUUCCCGUUCCUUGCCGGACGACAGAUCAAUCAGGGUUAUCGGUACGGGCCACUUAUUGUCAAACUUAGUGAGGCGCCUGAUUGUUUUUUUUUCUGAAAAAAAUUUUAAAAAAUUUGUCGAGUUUAUUCAAAUCGUCUUGUCAAUCAAAACACUUUUCACCGAACGACUACUAAGGCAAGGCAUGAGAAACUGCUACUAAAAAUUGAAUUGUUCUCUAACAAAGUUGUUUUUAGCGCUCCGACUUCCGCUAGAUACGGACAGUGGCACAAGGAGCGUGGACAGCAGUCUCAACAGAGAAGUGGUCCUCGACUCAUCAUUUACAUCGUAGGAGGCGUGACCUAUUCUGAGAUGCGAGCCGCUUACGAAGUGACUGCGGCCAAGAAGCCGUGGGAGGUUAUCAUCGGCGCCGACCGAAUUAUCACUCCGGACAAGUUCCUGGCCAACCUCCGUGACCUGAACAAGCCGCGCGAGCAAUGA